GGAUUGGGAGGGAGAAGGAAGAAAGCAAACGGAGAGGCUUGGAAGGGGAGAACCUAACAGAACAGGCUUCAAAGCCCCAGAAGCCACAAGCGAACCUUUGUGCUUUGCUAGAAGCAGCAGUUCACUGACGUCCAUGGCUAUGGAAGACUUCAAGGAUGCUGUGUAUCAGGGGAAACUGACGGACGCCGUGUCUAACGUGUGGGCAAAACCACCACAGUUCUUUAGCAACACUUCGCUCAACAUUGGCUUCGUAGGAGAGCUAGGCUCUGGAAAGUCCUCCUUGAUCAACGCCAUGCGGGGCUUAACUGUAAAUGACCCGGGUGCUGCUGAGACAGGCAUUCAGAUGACGACACUAGAGGUCAAGGAGUAUCCACAUCCGGUGCUCCCAGGGGUCACCCUUUGGGACCUCCCGGGAAAGGGAGCCUCGCCUUUCGGUGAGGACCCUUUUGCUAAGAAGGUAGACUUGAAUCGCUUUGAUUUCUUCAUCAUAGUGGGCUUCCAGCGUUUCCGGUCCAUCCAUGCUGAGCUGGUCCAUGAGAUCCAAAAGAUGGGCAAGAGAUUUUACUUUGUGCGUACCAAAGCAGACCUAGACCUGGAGGCAUCCAGGCGGCAACGGCCAUCAGAGUACAAUGAGGAGAAGAUCCUCCUAGUCAUCAGGAAGGACUGCAGGGACAGCUUGAUGAGUGAAGGGGUGAGCAACCCUCAAGUCUUCAUAGUGUCCAACUGGGAAUCCGACCGCUUUGACUUUCCCCGCCUGCAGGAAACCCUGAAGAACGAUCUCUUGGAGCUGAAGCAGGAAGCUUUUCUGCUCAGAUUGCCAAGUGUCUGUUUACCAGUCUUAGAGAAAAAGAAAACCAACAUGAAGAAGAAGAUUUUGGUAGGAGCCCUUUGCAUGGGGGUUAUUGCUGCUCUCCCAGUCCCAGGCCUCUCCUUCCUGUCUGCCAUCUUCCUGUUUAUGAAGUUCCGCUCCUGGUGUUAUCUUGACUUUGGCCUGGAUGAUCCAUCCCUCACAGCUCUUGCUCAGCUUGUUGGGAAGACAGCAGCAGCUCUUAAAGAAGUGAUGAAGCCCUUGGAGAAGACCACAGUGGCUUUAUGGAGGACACCAGAUUUAGUGGGAGCAGCGGUGAUGAUAGCAGAAUACCACUACUGGCAUCGUUUUCCCGUCCUUGGCUGCCUGUUGUCCGGAGGAAUGUCGCUUCUUUCCUCCUACUUCAUGCUAUGGACAUGUGCGUCUGAUGGUGCCAACGACACCCAGAGGGUUCUGAGCAAAGCUCUGGCAACAGAGGAGAAAAAGUCCGUUUAGCAGCAAAGAGCCAAAGAGAUACUAUUACAGGGAUCUCAUUUCCUGCAGGGCUCAGCAGAUUCCGAAGUCAUGACCUGCAGGCAUAAAAUCCGGGUGCUGGGCACUGCAUUCAGCAAAAUGAUAGCAUCCGCUUCCUAUUAUAUAGCUUCCUAUUAGAUUAGUAUCCGGACCAUAUGGCAGCAAAGGGUAGAGACAGGCAAUAGGGACGUGUGUCAUCAGUACUAAUAAAAAGGAAAUUUUGUACCAAGGCCAUCAAAAAACCAUAGCCAAGAAGCUGAAUUCUCCUAUCUGUUCACUUUAGUCAAAUAAAAGAAAUUUACAUAA